AUUACUCAAUCUACCAUUUAUCCACGUCUCGUCUUUCAACCCUCUGCGUAUAGCCAAAAACUCUUACACUCUUUCAUAUUUCGCGUAUAAUCAUUAAAAAUGCCAACCGAAUUCGAAAUGCGUCAGCGAAAUGCGAAAUUCGCCAAAGAUGUUCGGGAGGGAAAGAAAGCAACACAUGUCUCGCGGCAGGAGAAGAUGUUGCAGAAAAGUCCGCUAAGUCUAUGGGCACUUGGUAUUGUCGUCUUCGUGGUUAUUGGAGGAGUGUUUUUUGAGAUUAUGAGAAUUCUGUUCCUUGAUUAGGGCUUUACUCAAGAGCAUAAUAAGCUCUGGCUCCGGGUUGUAUCACACCUGUACUUAUCCUCUUAUUUAAUGGUCGCAAAUCAUAGGGAAACACUAAAGCAAACUCCACGCCAAUAAACAUGACUCGUGAUA